GCAAAAGCCAAAAUGAAGAGCUUCCUACUGUUGAUCACGCUCUGUGGAGCGCUUACUUGUGCUCUGCCUGUCGUCCAAGAAACUGAAAAAGUUGCAGAAAAGGACAUGGAGUUUGCCAAGAAAUACAUGGAAAGCUACUAUCCUGAAUCAGACUCAACUCCUGUUAGAAGAAGCAGAAUUAUUGCUGCUGACAAAAUACAACGAAUGCAGGAAUUCUUUGGUCUAAGAGUGACGGGAAAACUAGAUUCAAGCACUUUGGAUGCAAUGAAGAAACCCAGGUGUGGGGUUCCUGAUUUAGGGGAAUACAACACCUUUCCCAACUCUCCAAAAUGGGGGAAGAGAGACCUGACAUAUAGUAUUCAGAACUACACACCAGAUAUGCAUCAGGCUGAUGUAGAUGAUGCAAUCGAGAGAGCUUGGAAAGUGUGGAGUGAUGUGACUCCCUUGACCUUCUCCAGGGUUUAUGGACGCCCUGCAGAUAUAGAGAUCUCUUUUGCUGCUAGAUCCCAUGGUGACUAUAUGCCCUUUGACGGACAAGGCGGACAGCUGGCUCAUGCUUAUUCCCCUGCCUUUGGUGGAAAUGCCCAUUUUGAUGAGGAUGAAAGUUGGACAAGAGAUUUGCAAGGAACUAACCUUUUCCUUGUUGCUGCCCAUGAGUUUGGCCACUCUCUGGGUCUUGGACAUUCCAAUGUUUGGGGGUCUCUUAUGUUUCCAGUCUACCAACCUUGGGACCCCCAAAACCUCAGGCUUCAUACAGAUGACAUUGAAGGCAUCCAGUACCUUUAUGGACCCCCUGAAGAUGAUGAAGGUUCAUCAGGAAACCCAGCACCACCACCAAAAAUUCCAACAGAAGCACCAUCCACAGACUUAUGCAACUCUGAUCUGGCUUUUGAUGCUGUCACUACUCUCCGAGGGGAAACUGUAUUCUUUAAAGACAGCUUCUUCUGGCGAAAGCAUCCGUCAAGAAGUGAUAUUGAAAAGACACCUAUUUCUGCUUUCUGGCCAGCGUUGAGCAGUGGCAUAGAUGCUGCCUAUGAAUCUGAAGCUGAUGACACAGUAUUUCUUUUCAAAGGACAUAAAUAUUGGGCUACUAAGGGAAAUAUCAUACAGCCUGGUUUCCCAAAAAAUAUCCACCACUUGGGCUUCCCCAGAACAGUUAAGAAAAUCGAUUCAGCUGCUUAUGACAAAAGCUCAAAGAAAACAUACUUCUUUUCGGGCAACAAGUACUGGAGAUAUGAUGAAGCCAAGAAUUCAAUGGAGAAAGGUUACCCAAGGAAGAUAACAGCUGACUUCCAUCAAAUUGGCUCCAACGUGGAUGCUGCUAUUCUACAUAAUGGACAUUUCUCUCUCUUCAGCGGCUCAAAUCAAUAUGAGUUUGACAGCAAAACCAAAAAAUUUCUGGUCAUGAAAAGGAGCAACAGGUGGUUUGGCUGCCUGUGAUAUGGAACUAAGAAAGACCAAAGUAGCCAAGAACAACAAAGAGAAUCCCUACUUCACCGUGCAUCAAGCACCCUCUUUUGUAUUGAUUAUUAGUAUUACUUGAUCUCUCCUGCGUUUUU